AUGUCUAUGAGUAUAACACGCAGGAAAUGGUACGGUCCUAGAAACAUUCAGCCUAUCAUUGCUAUUCACGGUAGGCAAGAUAAUUGCGGCACUUUCGACAAAUUAGCUCCAAUUUUAGCAAAGCAGAGAUUUACCUUAUUCUGUAUCGAUUUACCCGGUCACGGUUUAUCGUCUCCGUAUCCCGAAGGCCUCAUUUACAACCACUGGUACGACGGCGUAUAUGUGAUAAGAAGAUUAGUAAAAUUUUACAAUUGGACAAACAUCAUAAUCUUAGGACACUCUUCUGGUGGAGGAAUAGCAUUUUUAUACGCCGCAAUUUAUCCCAACGACAUCGCCAAGUACAUCAGUAUUGAUAACUGUUGUCCUAGCAUUAAGAGUCCUUUAAAAAUCCUUCCGUUAGCAGCAAGUAACAUAGACACACUCUUCGAUCACGAAAAAGGCUAUGAAGAAGAUAUUUCGGGGACUUACCAAGAAAUAUUAACGUCGAUGAUGGAAACUUAUUCCGAAACGUUGGAUAAAGAAGGAUGUGAAAUUUUAUUAAGAAGAGGGAUAAAAUUUUGUCAUGGGAAAGAAUGUUAUUCGUUAACCAGGGAUCCUAGAUUGAAAAUUGACGCUUUAACUUGGUUUACGAUGGAUAAAAUAUUAGAUUUCGCGUCGAUGAUCAAGUGCGAAAUAUUGAAUAUCAGAGCCGAUAGAGGGAUGGAACUAGAUCCACCGGAAAAUUAUGAUAUUAUUUUGGACGCGAUAGAAGGUAGUCAAACGGAGCGAAUCGUUAGAGUCUUUGUGGAUGGGACGCAUUACGUGCAUUUAAUACACCCGGAAGUUAUCGCUUCUAUUAUUAUCAAUUUUUUAAAUUCUCAAUAAGUAGAUUUAGUAACAGAUUAUUGUGAAAAUUUUAUGUAGUUUAUCGAAUAUAAAAAAGAAAAUGGUUUACGUCACAAAUGUCAAAGCAAAACUGACAACUACCACCAUUUGCAAAAAUUAUAGCUGCUUCCGAUAUAGGGUGAUGACUUUUAGACCACCUUGUAUAAAUAGAUGAAAAUAUUUGAGUCAUAUAAUUCUAAAUACGGAACACUUUUGAAUGUAUUCGUAUACUCAAUAGUAAAUUUGAUUAUUUAUGUUGAACU